CACACACAACUUUUUCAUAUAAAAAUUAAAAAAAAAACUGAUAUUGGUGGAAUAAACGAAAAUGGCGUCUCUUUAUUUGUUAGUCAACUUAAUAGCUAUAGUGAUGUCAGGGGAAAUUAAUAAUCGCGUGGAAGAUUUACCAUUUAAUUUCCUGGAACGAAAAGAUGAAAAAAAUAGUAACGAUGGCGAAACAGAAAAUGAGAAAAAACAAGAUGAUUCUAAAAAAGAAAAACCGUGGUUAAGCUGCGACAUCUGCAAAGUAACAGUUACCAGUGCGAAGAUUUUCCAGAGACAUCUGGAUGGAAGAAAACACAAAUUAAGGGUUGAACGUGAAGGGAAGGAAUUUAAAUGCGAUUUAUGUGAUAUAUCUACUAAUAGUGAAAUUCAACUGGAAAUACAUUUACGAAGUUUAAGACAUAAGGCAAAAUUACAGAAAAAGGAACACCCACGUUUGGCCACUUUUAAUUUUUUCACAUCCAAAAUAUCCUUGCUCAUAUUUGUUACUUUCAUUUGUAUAGUUUUAAAUCUGUUUUUGUUGUGUAUAUUUUUCUUCUCAUAAGAAAAUUAUUUUGAAGAUGUUUUAAAAUUACUCAUUUGUCAUGUAUAAUGUGUUAUUCAGUGAGUAAGAUAAUGAUAAGAAAAUUAAUAUUAAUUACCACCUAUUUCUUUAAACGCAAUCUUUACUUUUAUUUUGAUCCCUUUAACUUUUACUCUUAUUGUAAACAUACAAAAAUGUAGUUUGGUGUUCCUACUGAUAUGUUUUUUUAUAUUAAAUAUAUUUUUAAUAACAAUAUACUUCAUUUUAUUAUUUUAUAGUGAUAGGAAUUUAAAAAUUAUAUAUAUUUUUCCAG